AUGGUCCCUCCCUCCCCUUCCCUCUACUUAGGCCCCCCCAAUGCCCCGGUCCCUCACUUCCAGCUCCCGCUGGUCCUUCGGCUUCCUGAGGCCCUGCUCGGCCCCACCUGCCAGGACACCGGCCGCCCCGCCCCCGCAGGGCUCGUCCGAGUCCCGCAGCCCCGCGCCUCGCAGCCGCCGGGGGCUCGUGGCUCCUCCGUGAGGCCCGCUUCCGGUGGGGCAAGGGCGUCUCCGCGGCGGCCCGGCUCCCGUGCGCUCAGCGCCGCGGGCGGAGGUCAGAUGCAGGCGGAACGAGGAGCCCGGGGAGGCCGCGGGCGGCGGCCCGACCGCGAUCGGCCCGGCGGAGACCGUGACCGGGACCCAGCGGGAGCGGCGGUGGCGAGAGGCGGCGGCGGGGACGGAGGCGGCCGCCGGGGCCGCGGCCGGGGCCAGGGCUUCCGCGGCCGAGGCCGAGGAAGAGGCGCCCCCAGAGGCGGCCGCCGGGAACAGAGAGGCCGGGGUGCCUGGUUCAGCGCACCGGUUGAAGAUGACAGUGAUGCAGAGACCUGUGAAGGAGAGAAUGAUGACCAGGGCAAUUAUUCUAAAAGAAAGAUCGUCUCUAACUGGGAUCGAUAUCAAGAUACGGAAAAAGAGGCUGAUAAUGAAAGUGGAGAAUCCCAGAGGGGCACAGAUUUCAGCGUUCUCCUUAGCUCUGCAGGGGACUCCUUCUCACAGUUCCGGUUUGCUGAGGAGAAAGAGUGGGAUGGUGAAGCUUCAUGUCCAAAACAGAAUUCAGCCCUUUAUGUGGACUGUCAGUCACUGGUUCAAGCUCUUCAAGAACUGCCUCUCUCACUCCGACUCAAUGUUGCCGCGGAAUUGGUCCAGACCACGAUUCCUUUAGAGCUGCCUCAGGUGAAAACAAAGAGAAACGAUGACGGCAAAGGACUAGGGAUGCAGUUAAAAGGGCCUCUGGGGUCCGCCCCUGAGCUGAAAUCUGCAGCCAGCUGCUCUGUGUACCCGGGUAGAGAGAGCUCCAGACCGGGGCCUUCCAGGGGCUCUGAGAACCCUGUCUCCGGCCCGCAGUCAGCAGCCGACCAUUUGGAAGAAGAACUCGAUCUGCUGCUUAAUUUAGAUGCGCCUGUAAAAGGUGACAUCCUACCAGAUCAGACAUCUCAGGACCUGAAAGCGGAGGAAGACGGGAAGAGGGCUCAGGAGGGAGAAGCUCCUGUAAAACCAUCAGUGACAGAGGAAAAGAAUGUGGGAUCUGAGCAACCAAGUACAUCGAAAAAUGUUACUGAGGAAGACCUUGAAGACUGGUUGGACAGCAUGAUUGCCUAAAAAAAAAAAAAGUGCCUGAAGCAAAUUUUGGUUGCCUUGUAAGUGAGCAAGGGAACAAGGAUGUUAUUUCAGAACAACUUAUUCACAAGCAUGCCCCAAGCUUGUAAAUGCCCCGUUAGGCUAACCGUAGUAAAGGCCUACCUCUGUGUUUGACAACAUGUCAAAUAAUACGUCUAAGAGGCGCAGUGCAUUUGUUUUCUGGUUUAGAAAUCUAACAGACUUCCGUUAGGGUCGGGGGCGUUACUGUGAUAGUAUAUGGUCUUUGUUUCCAGCCUCCUUCCCCUCAAUGUUGACAGCACAUCAGGUACUGCUGAUUAAGAGAAUGUAUGCAAACGAGGCGUACACUGGUCAAAAUAAACAAAUGCUGAUCUGUGGGUUUUUUCUUUCUUGA